UGGCAUCACACAGACUUAAGGAGAAUUCGAAUUUUCACUCUUCUCAAUAUCUUUACAUGGCUGCCAUUUCACUCAGGCACAACCCUCAAGCAAACAACACUAACCAGCAACGUGAAAUCAUCACUGAAGAAAUCCAAGGACUCAUAAGAGUCCACAGAGAUGGACGUGUAGAAAGGCCAUCGAUUGUGCCUAGUGUCUCCAGCACAGUGGCAUCAGAACGUGGUGUCACUGCCAAAGAUGUUAUGAUCAACAAAGAGACCAAUUUGUGGGCACGUGUUUAUGUGCCAAUAAGUGCUUGUCACUACUCAAAGCUUCUUCCUUUGCUUGUUUACUUCCACGGUGGUGGAUUCUGUGUUGGUUCUGCAGCUUGGAGCUGUUACCAUGAGUUCUUGACCAACCUUGCUUCCAAAGCAAACUGUGUCAUUCUCUCUGUGGAUUACCACUUAGCCCCUGAGAACCGUCUUCCAAUGGCAUAUGAUGAUGGUUGUAAUGCUCUCAUGUGGGUGAAAAGAGAAGCUUUAAAUGGCUCUUGUGUGCAAAAGUGGUGGCUGAGUCAUUGCAACAUGUCUUCCCUUUUCCUAGCUGGUGAUAGUGCAGGUGCCAACAUAGCCUACAAUGUGGCCACACGCAUGCAUAUGGGAUCAACAUCAAACACACCAUUAUUAUCUCUCAAGGGUGUUAUAUUGAUCCAACCUUUCUUUGGAGGAGAAGAAAGAACUUUCUCUGAGAAACAUUCCCUUCAGCCACCCAAUUCAGCACUCACUUUAUCCGUUUCUGACACUUAUUGGCGCUUGGCACUUCCUCUUGGGGCUACACGUGACCACUCUUAUUGCAACCUUCUUGCAGAUGGCUCGGUCAAGUUGAGAGAUUUGAGGCUUCCAUCCACUAUGGUGUGUGUCGCAGAAAUGGAUAUACUGAGAGAUAGGAACUUGGAGUUCUCAAACGCUUUGGCCAAAGCAGGGAAAAGGGUUGAGACGGUUGUUUACAAAGGAGUUGGCCAUGCGUUCCAUGUGCUGCAUAAUUACCAGCUUUCCCAUUCCCGAACCCAAGACAUGAUAUCUCAUAUCAGGAACUUUCUUAACCAGUAACUCCUGUGUUUUAUGUGUGUUGUUUUCUGUUCGAUAGCACGUGAUGACUAGGUAGCUAGAGUGGUAGCUUUAGUAUCUAUAGUUUCAAUCCGUUACGUACAAAAGAUUUAGAAGAGUUUGAGAAAUAUUUGUAAUACUCAAAUCUGGGAUUGAUAGGCAUUUAUGUAGCUGCUGUUCUGGGUGAUCGAUCACAACACUGGUUUCUGUAACAGAAAAUCAACUUUAUCUCAUAAUACAAAAAAAAAAAAAUAGCCUUUUUGGUUUUUGUUAAACAGUAAUAUACACCCUCAAUCCCCUUCCCCCUUUUCCUUAUUUUACUGUUAAUUUUUUUUUUUCUUUUCGGCUCUCUUUUCUGCAAACGAAGAAGGGAUUAAGAAAUAAGUUGAGAAAUUUUGAUA